CUCUACCUUUGCCAGUACUCAUCGUCUCCACUAUCCAUGCAAUUCCCUGCUAUGCUGGCCCUUACUCCACCUCCACUUCCCUAAUGGCCUCUCCCAAAGCAAGCGAAGCUAUUUCCGACUCCUCACUCUCACCCGCGUCAUAUCAGGCACUUCCCGAACUUCCAAAAUCCCCUCGUGACGAUCCCAUUGCAUACGGCGGCCACCCUAAAAACAGAGACCGACCAUAUCCUCUUUCUCUCAUCCCCUUCGACCUCAACGAACCUUAUGAGGUCUCCGAAUACCUUACUAUCCGCUCCUACGAUGAGGCAUGCCAAGUUGACUAUCUCAAUCAAGAUUGGGCCGAUGAGUACAGAGACGGGGGAAUCGUUGAUGAGCAAAUGUUCGACGACGGACAUGUUCGUCGCUAUCUUGACCGCUUCAUCCAGGAGAACCCCAAGCUGAUCGCUACAACGUUCAGACAUAAAGCAAAUUUGAAAACGGUCUUCUACAGCGGAAAGGACGAAGAAUGGGCGAAGCUAGAUCUGGUGGAUGUGUACAGACGGCAGACGGGGAAAGUUUUGGGAGUCCCCUCUCAAUCACAAUACACAUCCAAUUCAAAAAACGGCGGUGCCAUUACUCCGGACGCCUCCCUCAUCGGCAAUGUCAACGAUCCUAGCUCUCCAUCGUUCCGGAAACGGAUGCUUUACGCAGUCAUCGAAGUGAAGUGGAUGGAAUUAGCGACUCUCCUUACAGGCGAGGCCAAAAGACAGAGCGACGAGAAAGCCCUUAACUACCUCCGUCAGGAAGGCGUGUUUCAAACUAUGUGGUAUGUCAUCUUGGGUUACGCCAUCUCGGGCUGCAUCUUCGGUCUUUCUAUAAUCAAUGAAUACUUCUACAGAAUUGUGUAUCUCUAUCAGCACUCGGAUUCAGACAUCCCCGUAAUUGCCCUGGAGGCGGAUAGCGAGUUUUUGGGGAAAACCGGACGACAUUUUGGAUAUCUGCGGGAUAGUUACUCCAUUGAGGAACUGGCAGGGCUGCAGGACUUUUGGUCGUCGCCUCCCAAUUGUCUGAUCAGCGACCGUGCCAACGCCAUUUUGAACAAAGAGGCAAGGUAUCACCUCGACGCGACCAUUUUCUUGUUCCUCAAUCGUGCCGCGUCACUUUCAAAACAAUGUUUCCUCAAUGGCCUUCCGCUCCCGCAUAUACGCCGCAGCCUUCAUCCGACCAAGGCGAACAAACGCACUUUGGCGGAUUUGGAUGAUGAAGGGAAAAAGGAAGGUGUGGAAGAUAUACCGGGAGACGAGAAGCUGUCUCGGAAGGUUAAUCGCCGCAACGGUCCUGAGAGUGAUGGCUUGUGCGGCAGAGGCUCUGGUCAUGACAGAGUACAUGAAGGCAAUGGAGCCUCUGCUCAUCGCACUGAGGCUGCCCACGCUCGAAGACCUAUGAAACCACAAGAGUUCUUGAGGGGUCUGGAGGAGCUAUCCACUGUUGUGGAUGUGUCCGACGUGAAAUCGUCCAUCAUCGCCUCCCUCAUAUCCAAUAGCCAUACCACUCCCUCUAUGAAUCCCUCUUCUAUAUCAUCGGACUGCGACUCUUUUUCCUAUACAUCCUUUGGCUCUCGUGAGAAACUCCCUGUCUCUGAUCAUCUUCCCGCCGCUCUUCAUCCAAGGUCCCACGAAUGUGAUCCUGUUGAUACCGAUUUCGACGCUAUCGACUCCGAGACAGGCGAACUCACGUUAGAAGCCUACCGGAGCAGGCUCGCAAUGCUGGGGGUGCGGGUGAAGCUGGUGACCCGCGAGGAGAUGGAUGUCUUGUUGGCCCGGGGAGGAAAGGAAAAUUCCGAUUGUUAAUGAGUGGGUGGAAGGGAACUGGAUAGCGGCUGUCGGCAAUUCACGAAGAAAGGGUCGAUUUGGUGAAAUGCUCUGAAGAGGGCUGGGGAGGAAUGUAUAGGGCACAUGGGGCAUUCGGAGACUGGGGAUGGCCAAGAUGUGCUGUUAUGUGCUGGUUUAGGCGUACGACUUUGCGAAUUUCUAUCCUGUACAUAACCCUGUAUACGAUGAGACGGUUGAUUAGCAAUAGUCGUAGAACGAAUCCGCAGAACGGACGGAGGGAAGACCGAGUACAUAGGCUGUAGAA